GGGGGGCCGCGGCCCACGCAGAGGAGCGGGUGUCUCCCGCGGCGGGGCGCGGGCCGGCGGCGGCAGCGCCUGAGGGAGAAGAGGCGGCUCCGGGAGGCGCGGCCUGAGGCGCUGGGCCCAGGGCUCCCGCUCGCUCCGGAGAAGGGACGGGCGACGCCGAGCCCGCACCGGGCGACCGUUCAUUUUUUCCUCCUUCCCCUGAGCGCUGGGCGACGUCCCCAGGGCCGGGCCCGAACCAGUGGGGAAAAUGUCCAGGCCUGUCAGGAACAGGAAGGUGGUCGAUUACUCUCAGUUUCAGGAAUCAGAUGAUGCUGAUGAAGAUUAUGGAAGAGAUUCAGGUCCCCCCUCCAAGAAAAUCCGCUCAUCUCCCCGAGAGGCUAAAAAUAAGAGGCGAUCUGGGAAGAAUUCUCAGGAGGACAGUGAGGAUUCAGAAGAAAAAGAUGUGAAGACUAAGAAAGAUGAUUCACACUCAGCAGAUGAGGAUUUUGGCAGUGAAGACGAUGACUUAGGAGCAGAUGAUGGCAAAGCUGACAGUGACUAUGAGAGCUCUCAAAAAAGCAAAAAAGGAAAAAAGGCUAAACCAGAAAAGAACAAGAGAGCAGCUUCCAAAUCCAGGAAAAGGCCUGCAGAGGACAGCGAGGAUGAGAAAGAAGACCAUAAAAACGUGCGCCAGCAACGACAGGCAGCAUCCAAAGCAGCCUCUAAGCAACGAGAGAUGCUCAUGGAUGAUGUGGGUAGUGAGGAGGAAGAACAAGAGGAUGAUGAGGCACAAUUCCAGGAGAAUUCGGGAAGCGAUGAAGACUUCCUCAUGGAAGAUGAUGAUGACAGUGACUAUGGCAGUUCAAAAAAGAAAAACAAAAAAGUCUCUAAGAAAUCCAAGCCAGAGAGGAAAGAAAAGAAAAUGCCCAAGCCCAGGCUAAAGGCUACAGUGACCCCCAGCCCAGUGAAAGGCAAAGGGAAGGCAGGUCGCCCCACAGCUUCUAAGGCAACAAAAGAAAAAACCCCAUCCCCCAAAGAAGAGGAUGAAGAGCCUGAAAGUCCACCAGAAAAGAAAAAAUCCACCAGCCCUCCUCCAGAGAAGUCAGGAGAUGAGGGAUCUGAAGAUGAAGCUCCCUCUGGUGAAGAUUAAAGGGCAGUUGAGGAGGAAAAAAAAAAAUCUUUGGUUAGAAAAGAAAAAAAAAAAAAGGAGAAAAAAAAAAAGGAAAAAAAAAACAGGAAAAGAAAACCUACAUAGGGGUAGAACACGGUUUGGGCUGUGGCUUGACUCAUGGGCUUUGAAUGCUGUCUUUACUUUCAGCUGUUUAAUACAGUGUAUCCUUUUUUUAAUAAGAGGAAACCCUUCUAGGGUCAGAUUUUGAAGUCGAUGUUCUCUGUUGGCCAUUCCGUUCUCCCUCCCUCCUCCAAACCUGAAAGCCAUUUCAGACAAAUUGAGCAGACCAUUGAAAUACCUUUCUUUUUUCUUCUUCUUCUUCUUUUUUUUUUUCCUGGUGUGUGUUUUAUUUUUAAGGGAGAUUGCAGUUGUGAAGCAAUAAGGUUUGAGACUGAUUAUGUGGAAACCGUACUUAACAAGCUGUAAGUAGAAUAGAUUUCCCAGUGCUGGUAAGAGCUCCUUAAAGCUGUUAUACUGGAUUGGAAUAUGUGGGGAACAAAAUGAAGCUCUGCUUUAAGAGACUUUUGGUGAAAAAAGGUCACUCAAACAAAGCAGUUGAGGUGAAUUCCAAUAGAGUGGGAGGAACCUUGUGUUUCUUGGACUCAGGCACGUUUUUAAUGGAAGGCAAUCAAGAGACUUGUAGCAGAUCCACUGUCUUAUUUAGACUGCAAUUAGGGUGCAGAUAUUCUGUCUUUGAUCUGCAGUUUGCCUAUCUGGUGUCCAUCCUAUACAAAUCCAACCCACAGGCUUCUUGCAUCCGUUCACUCUCCUUUAUUUCAUCCAAGGUUAGGCAGAACAGGGGAAAGAAAUUGAAAAACAAUCUUUUAAAACUCUGUUUUCAAACUGUUUCUUCCAAGGUUGGCUACAGAUGGGCAGAACAGGGAAGAGAAGCUGAAAGCAAUUUCAGUUUUAAACACUGGUUUCCAUUUGAUCUUGUGGAGAAAAUGCCUUUAAACUUGUUUGGGUUAUUUUAAGGGGCAACACCCCAAUCUAAUGGGAAUGUAAACCUCAGUCCUUCAGCUUUUGGGGCAAGGGAUGUCCAUUUAUCAUUGUGAAGCAAAAGACUGCUGGAAUGUUCUGGUUUGCUGGAAUGUUCUGGUUAGUCUCAGAUCCCAUGAGUUACGUGUAAGUGUUUCUCUUCUCUCCCUUCACCUGUGCCCAAAGGCUCUGUAGUCAAACCUCUCAGCCUCUCCACCUGUGCCCAAAGACUCUGUAGUCAAACUUCUUAGCCUUUUCAGCUGCAGUUUUGGACAGCAGACUUCCAUGGGUAGUGAACAUAAUCACACUACCAUUUUCAUUCUUUCAUCCUUCCAUCCCACAGCCUUGGGAGGCUUUGCUCCCACAUUGACACUUCUGACUCUUGUUGGUCAUCACUCUGCUCCCUGAGACUAAAAAAUGCUGAUCAGAGAAGAGUGAUAAAGGGUGAAAGUAGGAGAAAGUGUAUUUUGGAAGCAGUAUAGCAGGGCUAUCAGAAAAGCAGGAUCUCCCUCCAAAGACAAACCACUUAAGCAGCCUGUGGUGACAUUUCAAUGUUGGAGGUUUUUAUUAGUGAAAGCAGCCAUAUCCUUUUUAAAUUUCAAUUAAAAUCCACCAGCCUUGGUUUUCAAACCCUAAACCAGAGCCUGCUGCCAUCUUUGGUGGUAGAAAGACUGUAAACUGGACCUGCCAUUUUUCUCUCUCUUCUGAUUCUGAAACCCUUUGUGCUUUCUGUAUGUCAUUCACAGUUAACUUAGAGCUGGCAAACUUCACAUCUCUUUUUCCCUCUUUGGCACAGAACUACAUGUUUUGUAACCAUCCUCUUGAAGGUAACAUAAGGCAGCUAAUUAGUUGGGAUUUUUAGUACACAUGCUACCAGAUUUUUAAUCCUAUUUGGAUUUUUAAAGAGCUUUUUAGAUGUGAUACACUAAAAUAUAACCAGGAAGGACUCUUGGCUGAGUGACAUAGGGAGGCUGAAGAUGCUGAACGCAGCAUGGAGCUUAAAAUGUGGAAUGGGAUAUUAAUAUGAACAGCCAAGUUGAUUGUCUUGUUGUGAUUCAUAGCCAUGGGUUUUUAUUGAGGCUGGUAAAUUACUUUUACCUUGGCUUAUAAAAAGAAGUUUUCCCAACAUUCUUUACUAUCAUGAAGCUCCUGUUGCAGUUGCAAUAAAGAUGAUCAGUGUUUCCAUUGUGAAUCUAAUUUCUUUAAUGGUUAUUAUUUUAAUGUGCUUUCAUUUUGCACAGCAGCUUAAAACUGGAGUCCUAACAUAAGCAGUGGAUGUAAUCCCCCUCUUCUCCACUUGCCAUGUUUUUAGGAGUGCAAAGGCUCUUGCAUUUCAUCCCCCUCCUUAGUCCAGUUUUUCUUGGAUCAGAGGGAAAAAGAAAUGGUCAUGUUUGGAAAAAAAAGCCCAACAUGUAGCUGAAACAUGGGGAUAGCACACACCUGUGAGUGUCUGGUGCAGAGUUCUCCUUCUGGCCAGACUGUUUCAAGCUAUUCUUGCUCUUAGCUUCUUCUCUGUUGGGUUUUUUUGGGUAUUAAAAUGUACGAGGAUUACUUAAACAUAGAAACAGCAGUUUCUUUAGCCACUUGGCCUAAUUUUCUGAAGAGUUUAUAAGUUCCACUUAAGCUGUAUUUUGGUGUUUGUUUUUCCUAGCUCAGUUAACUAAAAGCUGUGAGAACAGCAUUUCUGUUAUCUUCAGUUCAGGUUUUACACUGGGAUUAUUUUUCACCUGACAAUUUUAGCCCUUUUCUCUUCCAAAACUCUUCUGCUCUCUCAUACAUUCAUCUCUCGUGGCUAUUCCAGGCUUUUUGUGAUGCUUCUCUUGGAGUUUGUCACAACCCAAACACUAUGGAAAUCCUCUGCUUGUGGGACUUGGUGACUCCUAGGUUUUCCUGGUUUGCUGAUCUGUGCAAACACUAAGCCCUAACAGUCUCUUGGUUACUCUGUUAGAAACACAGCAGUUGACAUCUCAAUGGGUAGAGGAUUAAAACAAAGGAGAAAGCUAAUACUUUUUUAGUAGGUGAUAUUCUUCAGUAGUGGCAGACUUAACCAUUUUUAAACGUCCUUUUUAAUUCCUCUGAAGCUUUCCUUGAGGGAAAGCUGUAAAAAUGCCUUUCUUGAGGAGCAUGAACAGUUCUUCAUGGAGCAGAAAGCUUCAUUCACAGGAGGCAUUUAAAAGAUCAGCUUCUAUUCCACAGCUGUAGCUUUUGGAGCCUUUGCAGAGAGGUAAAAUGGAUUUAUUCCCAAAUCCAGCCAAUCUAAUGCCCAGCCCUAACCUUAGUCCUGAAAUGCUAGUUCAGAACUGACUUCAUUCUCUCUCUUGUCUCUCAGUCCCCACCACUGCAGUUAGUUUUGCAGUUACAUGCCAAUAGUUCUGCCUUGAACUGAACACAGGGCUUGAGGAGUGAAAAAAGAGUAGGCAAUUCCAGUUGGAAAUUCAUGCUGCAGUUGACUUGCUUCAGUUUGUUUAAAUUGGAGAAAAGGCAAUUCCAAUUGCAACUCCAUGGUGAAGUUGAUGUGCUUCAGUUUGUGUUUGAAUGAAUAAGAAUAGGCAAUUCCAAUUUGAGUUCCAUGGUGAAGUUGAUGUGCUUCAGUUUCUGUUUGAAUUGGGAAAAAAGGGGCAAUUCCAAUUGCAAUUCCAUGCUGAAGUUGAUUUGCUUCAGUUUGUGUUUGGAAAAAAAAGGCAAUUCCAGUUGGAAUUCCAUGCUGAGGUUGAUUUGCUUCAGUUUCUGUUUGAAUUGGAAAAAAAGGCAAUUCCAGUUGGAAUUUCAUGCUGCAGUUGACUUGCUUCAGUUUCUGUUUGAAUUGGGGGAAAAAAAGGGCAAUUCCAAUUGCAAUUCCAUGCUGAAGUUGAUUUGCUUCACUUUGUGUUUGAAUGACUAGGAAUGGCAGUUCCAAUUGGAAUUCCAUGCUGAAGUUGAUUUGCUUCAGUUUAUAUUUGAAUGGGGGGGGGGGGGGAAGGGCAAUUCCAGUUGGAAUUUCACACUGAAGUUGAUUUGCUUCAGUUUGUGUUUGAUCAGCAUGAGAGCACCAACAGCCCCAAGCUCGGUGGGUUUCAGAACGCAGCGUGGGUGAGAGCAAGGCUUAGAAAUGAGGCAGCUGAGAUGCUUUGGAUUUCCUUGGCUAAUCCAAGCAGCAAAACGUGGGGAGAGAAGCAGCAACACAUCUUUGAGUGACUUCUGCUAGGAACCCCUCACCAGCACCAGGUAAUGGUUGGGAGCCUGCUCAACUCCCUUGCCACCAUACAGCUGUAGCCACAGGGGAUGGACUCAGCAGUGGCAGAAGAUGCACUUGAAUUCCUUUUUUUUUUUUUUUCCUUUUUGAUAUUUUCCCUUUUUCCUUUCUUCUUUUUUUUUAACCCUCCACUGGUGAUGGUCACAAAGGUACAAUUAGACACUGAGGCACCCAGGUUAAAAGGAGGGAAGUGGAAGUAAAACUGUAACAUGCUGGAAGCUUGGUUUGUUUGGUUUUUUUUGAGCUGUAGAAACUGGUGCUUUGCUUUCUGUAAUUUGUUUGUGAAGUGUUUAUUUUUAUAAUGGAUCAUAUUGUUGAACACAUGGUUCUGGAGGGGAGGGAGGGAGGGAGGGGAAGGGGAAGAGAAAAAAAAACACAAACCAAAACCAAACCCCAACCAACAAAAGUGAUCCAUGAGGUUAAUAUUUGAGAGGUUCAUCUGUUGGGGGAAGGCAGGGUAUGAGAAAUGGUGAGCAGAUGGAUAUUUAAAAGGGACACUGUCACAAAAUAGUUGCUGGUGGAUAGGAUAGGUUAGGUUUGGGGUGGGUGUGGGUUGGGGGGGAGGGGGAAGUGGGGUAGGGGGGGGUGUCACAUCUAUAUGUGGAAAUUAUAUAUUCUAUAUGUAUAUGAUCAAAUAGAACUUUUGUUUGUUUGUUUUUCCCUAAACUUUGACUAUUUUCCUACAGUUUUGGGAGGUUUAAAUACAAGUCCUGCAAAACUUAACUCCUCUUGUUCUUAACUGUCCAAGAUGACUUUGGGUUUGAAGUACUCUUGAGGAACAUCCGCAGUGUCCUUGGGACACUUCCCCAAACCCUUAAGUGUAUCCUCACGUUUUAGACUUCCCACUUCAGUAGAGGACUGGCAUUUGAAUGUCUUUUCAUGAAAUUCUUUAUAUUAAAAACAAAAAAAACCCCUAACCACAAAACAUUUCUGAAGUCUAGUCCAGUUCUGGCCAUGUGCUGACUCUUGUGUAUCAACCACUAUUGGAAGUGACUCUUUAGACUCUGCCCCUUCAGCCGCGUGAAUCGAGUGGGUCCAUCGGUCUGAGCAUGCUCAGUGUGACUGCAAAACCACCAUUGUGCAUAUGCUUUGUAUAUUGGGGGCAAGGGUUUUUUUAUAUAUAUAUUUUGGGGGGGGUGGGGGGAAAGUGGGUGGGAUGGAGAAAUCCUCAAUCAGCUUAAGCCAGGAUAACUGUGUGUAAAAGCCCCUCUGAAGUAUUUUGUCGUGUGAGUGCGCGGGUGCGAGCGGGCGCAUGGGGAGCGUCUGACCUCUUUUCUUCCCUUUUGUGUUCUGAAGAUUUGUGAAGUUUUAACUCCUUUUCCUCCCUCCUCCCCUUGCAGAAGCAAAUUGUUACAAAAACUGAAAAAAAAAAAAGAAAUUGUAAAUAAGAGCUACAUAGUUUUUUUUUUGUUUGAACCACGAACAUGUCACAGCAAACCCUGAGUUAAUCACUUGGAAAAGGUAAAGGAGGAGACUCCAGGUUGGCAGUUGGGAGGCACUGCUCUGUGGUAUGCAGUGAGUAUUUGUCUUGAGUAUUUGCAAUCCCCCUGGUGAGCUUUUUCUUCCAGCAGCUCUCUUUGCAGUUCCCCUCCCCCACCCCCUUAUCCCUUGAAGUUUUUUUUAUAACCUUUUAAGAGCAGGCAGAAAAAAGAAGCAGCUGCAAACAGCAUUUGGUUCUUGGGGGUUGGGGUGUGCAUGGGCACCACCACAGCCAGGGGGACGUUGGCAAGUCAUGCCAUACCUUGACAGUAGUGUGGUACUAGGAGAGUUGAGGCUGAAUGUAACAUGAAUGCUUUAUUUAAAAUGGAAAACAAGGAAAAAAACCCAACCAGAAAAACAAUUUGGGAGGUUUUCUUUUGGGUUUAAUCCUUCUUUUAAAGGGGUUGAAGUGACCAUGAGUGUCGACCACGUUUGUGGAUUUCUAGAUGCAGCCAUUUCAGCGGUAGAGUUGUGUGAUGGUCUUUUUUUUUUGUGCUACUUCUUUUUGACCUGUUCCAGUCUAUGUACCUGCAAAGAAAAGAAAAGAUUAAAAUGAUGAUAAUAAAAAUAACAAAAAAAAAAUUAAUCAUAAUCCCACCCAAACCCCCUGCUUUGCUUUUAUUGAAAGAGUUCCCAGGACUGAAUACCUGCUCCUGAGCUCUGUUUUUUGUGUAUCCUUUGCUUGUAUUUUGUAUUAAAAAGAAACCACAAGGAAAACAACAACAAAAAAUAAACCCUUUAUUGUUCAGCAUGUUGGAAUUGUGUCCCCCCCCACACCCCACACCCUCUUUUGGUUGUUUGGUUUUUUUUUUUCCCUCCUUUUUUGGAAUAUAUUAAGCAACUCAUUCUUCUGUAUCUUUUCUUUUCUUUUGUAAACUUUUUGGUUUUGUUUAAAAAUGGCUUUAUAAAAAGGGCUUUUAUAACCCAUGA